AACAUUUCUACAAAUGGAGAACAGAUCCCCAGUGCUGUCAGUCUCAUGCGUCCUACUCUACACAUAUUUGUGAUGUUUUAGGACUCAGUGGCCAUUGAGGAUGUUGCUGUGAACUUCACCCCAGAGGAGUGGGCUUUACUAGAUCCUUCACAGAAGAAACUCUACAGAGAUGUGAUGUGGGAAACCUUCAGGAACCUAGCCUCAAUAGGAAAAACCUGGGAAGAUGAUGAUAUUGAAGUUAAGUACACAAACCAGGGGAGAAAAUUAAGAAAUCAUAUGGUACAGAGGCUCUGUAAAAGUGAAGAGGGUAGUGUAUGUCAAGAAAACAUCAACCUAAAUCCAAAUCUCAAUCUGAACAAGAAAACUACAGGUGCUAAACCAUGUGAAUGCAGUGCAUGUGGAAUAGUCUUCAUGCAUCAUUCAUCCCUUAAAAGGCACAUUAGAUGUCACACUGAACACAAACUAUCUGAUGACAAAAAAUAUGGAGGGGAGCCAUAUAAAUGUAAGGUCUGUGGAAAAGUCUUCCCUUUUCAUAGAUCUCUUCAAAUACAUGAAAGAACUCAUACUGGAGAGAAAACCUAUGAAUGUAAAACAUGCAGUAAAGCAUUCAUUUUUUCCAGUUCUCUUCGAGUACAUGAAAGAAUUCAUACUGGAGAGAAACCCUAUGAAUGUAAGGAAUGUGGGAAAGCCUUUAUAAGGCACUCACUUCUCCGCUCACACAUGAUCUUUCACACUGGAGAUGGACCUUAUAAAUGUAAGGAAUGUGGGAAAGCCUUCAUUUUUCCCAGUUUUCUUCAAAUACAUGGAAGAACUCACACUGGAGAGAAAGCUUAUGAAUGUAAAACAUGUAGAAAUACAUUCACUUCUUCCAGUUCUCUUCGAGGCCAUGAAAGAAUUCAUAGUGGAGAGAAACCCUUUGAGUGUAAAGUAUGUGGUAAAGCCUUUAGGCUUUCAAGUAGUCUUCAACAACAUGAAAGAACUCACACUGGAGAGAAACCCUAUGAAUGUAAAAAAUGCAAUAAAGCAUUCAUUUAUCCUGGUUCUCUUCUAAAACAUGAAAGAAAUCACACCGGAGAGAAACCCUAUAAAUGUAAAAAAUGCAAUAAAGCAUUCAUUUUUCCUAGUUCUCUUCUAAAACAUGAAAGAAAUCACACUGGAGAGAAACCCUAUAAAUGUAAAACAUGCAGUAAGUCAUUCACUUCUGCCAGUUCUCUUCAAAUACAUGAAAGAAAUCACACUGGAGAGAAACUCUAUGAAUGUAAAAAAUGCAAUAAAGUGUUCGUUUAUCCUAAUUCUCUUCUAAAACAUGAAAGAAAUCACACUGGAGAGAAACCCUAUAAAUGUAAAACAUGCAGUAAGGCAUUGACUUCUGCUAGUUCUCUUAAAAUACAUGAAAGAAUUCAUACUGGAGAGAAACCCUAUGAAUGUAAAAACUGCAGUAAAGCAUUCACUUCUUCUAGUUAUCUUAGACAACAUGAAAGAAUUCAUACUAGAGAGAAAACGUAUGAAUGUAAAAAAUGCAAUAAAGCAUUCAAUUUUUCCUAUUCUCUUCAAAUACAUGAAAGAAUUCAUACUGGAGAGAAACCCUAUGAAUGUAAAAAAUGCAGAAAAGCAUUCACUUCCUCCAGUUCUCUUCGACAACAUGAAAGAAUUCAUGCUGGAGUGAAACCCUAUGAAUGUAAAAAGUGCAGUAAAGCAUUCAUUUUUCCAGGUUCUCUUCAAGUACAUGAACGAAUUCAUACUGGAGAGAAACCGUUUGAAUGUAAAAAAUGCAGUAAAGCAUUCACUUCCUCCGGUUCUCUGCGACAACAUGAAAGAACUCAUACUGGAGCAAAANNNUAUGAAUGUAAAAAAUGCAGUAAAGCAUUCGCUUCCUCCCAUUCCCUUAGAAAACAUGAAAGAAUUCAUACUGGACCAAGACCUUAUGAAUGUAAAAAAUGUAGUGAAGCAUUCAUUUUUCCAUGUUCUCUUUGA